CGUCGGAGCAGUGAACUAAAACAAUCAACCUCACUCCUUCUGCUUCUCCUCUCACUCCCGACUGCACCGCCUCAUCUGUGGCGUCCACGAACCCCGGUCUCAGCUGACAGACGCCAGCCAGGAGCCGCACUAUUGUUGUUGUUGUUGUUGUUGCGCGAUUUUCUCCGUCACACAUCCUAGCGCAAACGAUUACGGCAGAGAGAGAAGCGGCAGCAGCUUUGUGUAGCUAGUAUAAUAUCAUCUGUCCGACGACAGGAAAAAGGCAUGUCUGCGCAGCCCGGUGAGGAGCUAGGCUCGGAGGGGAAGUGGUUUGGGGAUGACUAUGAGAGGAACGGCCUGUUUGGUAACACACAGAGCCGCUUCGGCGAGCUGCGCGAAGAAUUGAAGCCGAGAGGCAGCGACGCGUUGGGCGACCUGGAUCAACAAUUUCAUCCUUUCCAGGACGACGGGAAAAGGCCUCCCGUUGCUAUGGAAACUGCAUCUACAGAUGAUCCCAUGUCUGGUCUGUUCAGGAAGCCUAUGAAUGAUGAUGGUGAUGUCUACACUUCCCUGCUGUCCAAUCAGAGCUUCACAACGGGCCAGGAAGCCUCCUACCUGUCUGACGACCUGAAGCCCUCUAGCCACGCUUCAGGUUCUUCUUCCUUGGAUCACUUCUCAAGUGACACCUACAGCUUCAGCUCCAAGAUGACUUCCAGCCAAGCUAGUGAUGCAGCAAAAUCUCUGCUGGGCUCAGAUAAGACAGAAUCCUACAACUACAUGGACAUCAGCCACGGGGACGAACGCCCUGACCAGCAACAGGGGGCUCUGCACAGCCUGCUGGACAAAGGCUCAGCUGGACAUGACUUAUUGGGCAGCUACAUUGAUAAGAACCCCAGAAGAGAUGAGGAUGAAGAAAAUCUAGGUCCGGCACUGGGCUCCCAUUCUUUCCCCUAUGUUGAGGAGCCAUCUGAUGAGGAGCUGGGAGACUACCGUUCCUACCGAAACCUAGGCGACACGCCACAGACGGCCAGCCCGGUGAAGAUCACUUUGACCGAGUCCCAGCCAACAACUACUAAGGCAGAGCCGCCGCCACACCCCCCCUCAGUCAAUGCGUCUGAACGUGAAAGCGUCCUCAGUGUGGGCAUACAGGGGGUCCCCACUGUCACGCUGUCAGAGCCAGAGGACGACAGCCCGGCCUCCACUCCCAGUGCUUCACCAACAAAAAAAGAUUUCCCCUCUCAUGACAUAUUCAAGUCUGAUGCAGUUUCCAAAAGCAGCCCAGGCACAAAGGGCAGUGGCAGGGACCAUGAUGGCAGCAGCGCAGAGUCUGGGGACUCUGAGAUUGAGCUGGUGUCUGAGGAACCUCCUAAGGCCAGUAGCAACCCAUUUGCCCAGCCACCUAAAAGCAAGGGCACGUUCAGCCAGCCUAACAACCCCUUUGACAGUCCCCCAGUUGCCAAGGGUGGUUUAGGCCUCGCUGGCAGUCACGCUCCACCCACAGCUUACAGCAUACUGAGGGAAGAGAGGGAGGCAGAGCUUGACAGUGAUCUCUUCAUUGAGUCCGCGUCCGAAGAAAGCCCAAAGAGAGAGCAAGGCUUCAGUGGCCCCAAACAGGGAGUCAGCCCUCCCUCCCCCCUGGUUCCCAGCACUGUCCCUCCCCGCAGUACCACUGAGGGGGCGCCCGUUGAGCCCCUGGUUUCAGAAAAGAUCAAGAGCCCAGUGAAAAGGGAGGAGGAUCGCCCUAGCAAACCAAAGCCCCCAACUGCGGCCGUGCCUCCCGAGGUGCGAUCAGAAAAGCCCCACCAGGAAGACAUGCACAAAAUCACCAGCGAGGGCAAAGGAGACCUGGGAAAGCCUAUUGCAUCAACUUUCCUGGAGGGCUUUGAUAAACAAAAAGCGAUUGAUCUGCUCUACUGGAGGAAUGUGAAGCAGUCAGGGGCCGUGUUUAGCAGCGUGCUUCUGCUCCUCUUCUCCCUGACCCAGUUCAGUGUGGUCAGUGUCGGAGCUUACUUAGCCCUGGCUGCCCUCUCGGCCACCAUCAGCUUCAGGAUCUACAAGUCUGUACUGCAGGCUGUGCAGAAGACAGAUGAGGGACAUCCUUUCAAGGCCUACCUGGAGAUGGAAAUCGCUCUGUCUCAGGACCAGAUUAGUAAAUAUGCUGACAAAAUCCUGCUCUACACCAACACCUGUAUGAAGGAGCUCCGCAGGCUGUUCCUUGUACAAGAUCUGGUUGACUCUUUGAAGUUUGCUGUUCUGAUGUGGCUCCUGACCUACGUGGGCGCUCUCUUCAACGGCCUGACACUGCUCAUCCUAGCUGUGGUCUCCAUGUUCACCUUGCCUGUGGUCUAUGAGAAACAUCAGGCACAAAUUGAUCAGUAUGUGGGACUAAUACGGACCCAGGUCAACUCUGUGGUGGGCAAGAUCCAGGCAAAGAUCCCUGGAGCCAAGAGGAAGGAGGAGUAGACCCACGUGUCUCACCGAGAAGCUGACAGUCCAGUCCAGCUCGGAGUCAGGCCCACCGUUAAAGAGCCUGGUCGUCAUCUGUGGGGCGUAGUGCUAUGUCAUCUUGGUGUUCUCUAAAAGCAUCCACUGGAGAAGCCUUCACCUUGUCUAUAGCAGUCUAAUCACUAACACACACACAGUCACACGUAUGCACAUAAUCCUGUUUCUAGGUAGACAAGUACACAACUCGAAGACAAAAAAAGAAACUGACUUUUUUUGUGUUGCUUAUUAUGAAGUGCAUGAAGUCGAGCCUUGGGUAAAUAAUAUUUGAUAUCUUUUGUGCAGUUUUUAAAAGUCACGCUACAUUUUUUGCUUUGCAGUGCUUACCACAAACUGUACGGUUUGGCACAAAAUGGCUAAACGCCCACAGACGUGCUCUGCUGCCAAUGUUGAAUACCGCUUCAUGUUUCUGAGUUAGCAGAUGGGGCUUCUCUCAGUAUAUGUCAAUAUAUAUAAAUAUCCAAAAUGAUUUCCUUUUGGUGUUUCCAAGCACAAAAUAAUUUAACGAUAUGCGUCUUAGAUGUGGUAAUUGUAGGGUUUUUGCUUUUGUAUAACCAUAAGGAACAAUACCCACGCUCAUGUUUUAGGUACUAUUGUACAACUUAUGAAGACAAGGAGUAUCUGGUGAUAUUUAGCUUGUUUGAAUAACUGUCCAACUUUGUACUAUGUUCAACUAUACUCUGUAGUUCUUUAGACCCUGGACUCUUUAACUAUUUGCACUCACAGUAUGUAUUUAAUUACAAGAAUAAGAAAAAUAAAUGUACCUUGGUGUAAAACAUC